GGGGACAGUGAGCAGGAGGUGGUGAAGGAAGAAGGAGGGGGUGCAGCAGGCAGGGGACGCAGUGGGGUGAUCCUGAGCUGUGCCCACCUCCCCGUGCCCCCGCGCUGUUGCUGAGCAGUGCUGCACAGAGCUGGACACCUGCAUCCUUCUGCACAUGGAGCACGCCAUUCUGGGCUUGGUGCUGCUGCUCGGCACCUGGGCUGGUGCAUCGGCUGCCAGGAGCAAGAAAGGCCCCAUAAAGGAGGUGGCGAUGGACAUGGCCCCCCACUCCUUUGAUGACCAGUACCAGGGCUGCAUCCACUUGAUGGAGGCUGAGCUGCAGGAGCUGAACCGCACCGAGUUCGCCAACGAAAUCUUUGCUGAGGGCUGGAGGAGCGCCACAGAGAAGUGGCAGCGCCGAUGGGGUCGGGUCUCCAGCCCAAUGGUGCUGCGACAGGAUCAAGCCAUAGCCGUGCUGGCGUAUACAAUGGAGGGAGAACUGUACCGUGUGUUCAACAACGCCACGCUCACGGCUGGGCGCUCCCGGCAGCACUACCUGAGCUCCUACCCCUUCAAGACACUGCAUUUCCUACUGAGCAGAGCCCUGCACACCCUGCGGGAAUUCCAAACCCAGCCAUGCUACAACGUCUGCCGUGGUGUGAACAACACCAGAUUCACUGCACAGCAAGGCACGGUGGUCCGCUUUGGCCAGUUCACCUCCACCUCCCGCAAGGAGAAGGUCGCUGAGUCUUUUGGCCAGGACACGUUCUUCUCGGUGGAGACCUGCUAUGGUGUGCCCAUCAAGGAAUUCUCCACUUUCCCUGGUGAGGAUGAAGUCCUCAUCCCACCCUUCGAGCAAUUCAGGGUCACCAACUCCACCUACAUUGCGGGAAGAAGCUUCAUCCAGCUCCGCUCCCACGGGAAGAGCAGCACCUACAACUGCGAGUUCGUGAAGGAGAAAAGGUGCAAGGAGCGGCCAUGCGCUUUCAGUGCAGAUAAGAGCAGUCCCCGGCCCCGCAGCCCCUGGCCAGGUUGGGCACCACUUGCAGCCCCCCACAGCCAUUAAUGCCCAUCCCUGUUCUCCCCAGGCAGGAGCAGCCCCAUGGAAGCCCCGCACCUCUGGGGGCUCCUCCUGGCAGCCGCAGCCCUGGCAGCCCUGGGAAAGCCCUGAGCUCUCCACCAUCCCACCGCCGCCCCUCCAUACGGACAGGAGGGCAGCAAUGUGCCCUCAUUGCAUCUCACGGAACCUGCAGGCGCUGCUUUCCCUCUGCUGACGCUUUCGGUGCCGCUGUUGGACGUGGAACGGCAGCACAGAACCGCCCACAGCUCCGCCACAGUAAUAAAAGCAUUGCUUUCGUGGCUUUUA